UAAUACGUCACCUUGACAAAAAAUCAUUGUAAAAGUUAAAGUUUGUUUAUUUCUUCAAUUAUUUAUAAUUUUAUGAAAUCUAAAUCUAUCUUCCCUUCAGUUUAUUCAUUAUUACCUAUAUAGAUGAAAUCUUAAACCAUAGGUAAACUAUAGUUUGUAGAAAAUGUUUUCUGCUCUAAAGAAACUAGCAAAAAGCGGCGAUGAUCGCUGCCAAGCUCCGGUUCCCAUGUCUUCCUCGUUGCAGAAGAAGUUUUCCAGAGGAGUGCAUUAUAAUAUGAAAAUCUUAAUAAAAGGUGAUAGAAAUGUUGGAAAGUCCUGCCUCCUUCAAAGACUGCAAGGUGGACCGUUCAUUGAAAAUUAUGUACCAACUGAGCAAAUCCAAGCUGCACCGAUUCACUGGACUUAUAAAAAUACAGACCACAUUGUUAAGGUAGAAGUGUGGGAGGUAGUGGAUAAAGGGAGGGCUAAGAAGAAGCCUCCUCUAGGACUGAAGCUAGAGAAUGAGUCAGCCCCAGCACAAGAGGAUGGUUAUGAAACACCGGUGCUUGACGCAACCUUCCUGGAUGUGUACAAGAAUGCCAAUGGAGUCAUUCUGAUGUUAGAUAUCACAAAACCUUGGACAUUUGAGUAUGUGGUGAAGGAGCUGGGCCGGGUGCCAGCGGACCUGCCCGUGGUGGUGCUCGGCAACCACUGCGACAUGCAGCACCACCGCCAGGUGCACCCGCACCAUAUUGACCAGGCCCUGCACCAGGCUAGGCUUACCAGAACGGCCCCAGUCCGCUACGCAGAAUCCUCAAUGCGGAACGGGUUCGGUCUGCGACUGCUGCACAAGUUCCUCAAUGUACCGUUCCUGCGCCUGCAGCGGACCAGCCUGCUGGAGCAGCUGCAGCGGAACCAGAGGGACAUUGAGGGGGCUGAUCAUGAACUUGAUGAGUUUCAGAACUCCGAAGAGUGCAAGUACGACACAUUCGUGGAGCGUCUCACGAGCGCGCGGCGCUCGAGCGCGGAGCCGGCGCGCGCGCCCGAGCGCUCCCCGAGCAUCGUGCUGGGCGGCGGGAAGCCCAUCGUGCCGCCCGGUGUUAACCCGCUUUUGGCGCAAUCGCUAAACCCAGCCACCAAGCCUGCACAGAGUGUGACAGAGAACUCUCAGCCGAAACAGACCCAGUAUGUGAGCGCAGAGCUGAUGAAGCCCAAUCAUACAGUCAGCAUGGACUUCACACCGCCCAGGCCGGUUAAGGACAGCACCCCCGGCACCCCGGGCACCCCUGCGGCCCCGGGCACUGCGGGCGCGCUUGACGAGUUCUACGCGGGCACGCUAGACAGCAGCUUCCUCGACGACCUGACUCCCGGAUCUAAUAACGCACAGGACACGCAGUAUGAUAGUGACAGUGACGAAAACAGCACAAUAAACCCCAUGGUAACCAUCGACCAAGACGACCUCGACGUAGACUACGCACCAGCCGCGUCGCGCACCGUCGUGGACUCCAGACACAAACUCAACGACAUGUUCACACAACAACUGCUCAUUAGGAAAGAUAGUGUGAAGUCUGAAAAGAGCGGGUCGGCGGAUAGAGAGCAUGAUGUGAAUGAUGUGAACAUGGAUAACGAUUUCACGCUGUGGGCUGGGGACUGCAGUGCUAGGCGGUCUCCAGAAGGUGGAGAGGAUCCUGAUAACGCCAAAGAAGCAGCUGAGAAGGCCGAAAAGAAGCACAAGAAAAAGAAGUCCAAAGACAAGGACCGCGGCGACUACAGCGACAAAUCCGAAAGGAAAGACAAGAAGAGCAAACACAAGAAGUCCAAGAGUGACAAGGACAGACAGAACCCGCAGCAAGCGCUGCUGUCUCCCAACGACACGUCAGUGUCUUAUGACGACUACGAUAGUAUUUGAGUAAGACAUCUUGACUUCAAAGUUUUGCACUACUGGGGGCGCCACUAACGACGUCUUUGGGCCUUAAAUACCUACAUAUCAUGUUUGUUUUUUGUAAGCUAGCAUUAGGUUUGUUAUUAGUUUUUAUACGACGUUUUUGGGUGUAGAAUCACCUCAUGAAUUAUUUAUUAUGUAUCUGGUAAGGUGUCCUACCUUGGGUUUUCGGCACUGUAAAAUGGUGAGCUGUUUGAUUCACUUUAAAAAACGUACUUUUUGUAUGUAUUUCGGGUCCAGAGAAAAUAUAAAUUUUAAAUAUCUUGCCAAAAUCGUAGGUUAUAUUUUGGAGGCGACCCCUGGGUGAUGAGGAAGCUUACUUGGUCGAUGUUAUUGUCAAUUUAAAAUAAAUAAUUACUAUGGCGAUUCUUAUGGAAACGAUUUUUAAAUAUUUCUAGAUGUGUCUUAUGCUGUAACUAGGUACUUAUACUCUGUCCAUUAUAUUAUUGGUUUCUUGACAGUCGAAAUCCCAUACAUAUUUGAUGACUGCAAAGGAAAACCAACUUUACAUACCAGACAUAAGGAAACGUCAAGAAUACAAUAACAUAGUGGAAGCUCUAUAAUCUCUAAAAUAUUUGAUAUGCCCGUAGACGGGGUUUUAUCACAGAAAGAUCCAAAUAUCAAAACAGCCUGUAUUAGCAUGAUCCUAUUGAAAACAAGUCUUAGUUAUGAUGUUUUUAAUGACGACAACGCAAUAUGCAAUGCUUUGGAUUUUCAGAGAAGGGUGGCAGACUUGUUGACAUAUUUAUGUACCUACCUACAUAAUAAGAAAUCUCAAUGCUCGGGCUCGAAAGAUCUGAAACAAAAUCGAUGUAAUAUUAUUAUUGAAUAUAUCUACCUAUGAACUUAUUAUUACUUUUAUUGUAUUGGUGUUGAAGUCUCACUCUCAUUUCAAUCACUAAUUGAUGAAAUUAAUCAUCAAUAUAAUUAUAAUUUAAGAUCUCUUUAAUCAUUCCAAUUGACUGCUUUAAGUGUGUUUCUAUCUACUAUUUACGUAAAUAUAACUCCUUAUGUAUAACUUUACUGUAUCUGGUUCUUUACGUAUAGACCGCAUUUAUAAUUUUGCUAUAAGUGUAUAUCUCAGUAUUUACUUUAUUUAUAAGCAUUUACCUACUAUUAUUAUGAUAUGACUGAACUGCGCAAAAGGUGACAGCUAUUUUAUGAAAUGUACUCAUAUGGAAACAAAUGCGUAUGCGUAUAGGUAUAUGUUACUGCGUUAUUAAAUAUUUAAGAAUUUUAUCAUGGUGAUGUUAUAUGUAUGUUAUAUUGUGGAAUAAAUGAUUAUGCAAAUUAA